UGUUGCCCUCUCCGAUUCGGGAUCUGGGUCCAUCUCAACCUCGCCCAGCUCCAACGCCUCGUCGGCACUAGCUUACUCCUACUCAUCUUUUUCUCCGACUGUGGCCACAACCUACUCCAACCAGUACCCUGUAGCAAACAACUACAGCGGCUUCUCUUGUGGUUACGGUAACAUGUCGACUCGACGGAUGUCCACCAUCUGACAACAAUACCAUAGAAAUGAUGCUUCAUCGUCGGCCAUGUUACCUCCGGCACGAUCACCAGGGUUGAGCAACCCUGUGUCACCGCCCCUGGGUGUGUCGGCUCGAGACAACUAUACAACAACAACGUCUAGCCUGCACAGACAUCCCCACGCUCUGUCGCCUCGUCAUUCUGAUCUCUCCCGCUACAACUCGCUGCCGGAUACACCAAGGAGUGUUCUGCCGACCACCAUGCCUUUGGCCUACAGUACCUAUCAGGGAUCCUCCUACCCAAGCCAUAGUCAAUCGUCAGAUACCCCACCGUUCAAUGCACAAGAGACAUACGGGACCAUCACCUGCGAAGGUACUACAAUAGUACCGACCAUUGAGGCCAAGAUCGAGAAAGGCUUCUUCUAUUCUGGCGAUAGCGUCUGGACGUGCUAUCGCAGGAACUACUUUGCCGUCAACAUCUCAUACGGACUUACACCAUGGAUCUCUGGCUCCCGUUUGUACCUUGAUCAGGGUAACGGCAAGCCACAAGAGCAAAUUCAGUCAAUGGCCGUUUCUCUUGCUGCCGCUGUCGAUGCUUCGGCAGGUAAGACUAUUGAACUCAUUCAACACACACCCAAGCGCGAUAAAGGCCCCCAACUUCCCUUGAAGAAGGAGCUCCUCGCACCUACACCACCUGGAAAGAACCAUGAGCAUGGCGGCUAUGGUCUCAAUAGCUUUCAUCAGUCUUCAAGUGUACCUGGUCCACAGUUGCCCCUACAAGACUCGUCCGACUCAUCCCAAUACUCUCCAACCAGCCACGGCAGCAGCAACUAUCAGCAUAACUUUGAACGAAUUCAGUUCAAGUCAGCCACUGCCAACAACGGUAAGCGUCGAGCCCAGCAACAGUAUUAUCACCUGAUCGUCGAACUUUGGGCCAACAUCCAAAACCCACGGGACAACGAACCCAAGUGGGUGAAGAUCGCGGCUCGCUCCUCUCACCCAGUCGUCGUCCGUGGAAGAUCCCCAAGCCACUAUCAAAACGAGGGACCCCAGAAUGCUGGUGCCAGCCGAGGGGCCGGUGGAUCGGGCCUCGGCGGGCCUGGACCUCAUGGUAUGGGUUCGAACGGCGCUCGAGCAUACGGGUCGUUCAGCAAUGGCCUAUCAAACGGUAGGACAUCGAUGAAUGGCAGUAUGUACCGAGGAACAACAUACUCGCUCGACCCGAGCCCUAUGGGCAGCCACUCUGUGAGCUCCGCCAGCUCCUUGAGCGGUGGACCACCAGAGGGACUUGUUGGAGAUCAGCAUAUGAUCGACGAUGACACAAAGAUGAACGACGCUCCUCAGGAGUACUCUUACUACCCAGCCCCCCUUUACGAGAGUAUCCCCGCAAAGAUUGAACACUCGCUUCCGCUGCCCCAACGCAUCAUCAAAGAAGAGCACUCAGGUCCUGCGGCACUAGCGGCUGGCUGGCAUAAUGGCGGAUGUGGCCGUUUCCAAGGCAUGGAGACUAGUCGCGGAUACUAUCCAGAUGUGCAUGCGCAUGCUGGGUACUGAUCUGCGUGCACACUGAAAGCCUUGCUACAAAGUGCGCCCUCCGUCUACACGGUUACGACUGAGAAAAAUUUCCUCCUCGACAACGAUAGCGAUC